GACAUUUUAUACAACUUAUAAUCAAAUUACAAAAAAACAAAUAUCAGAAACGGAAAGGCUUUGCCCGUAACCCACCUUUUCUCUCCCCGCGUUCCUUCCUUUCUCUCUCUCCCCAAUCAAUUCACUUUCUCUCACUAGGGUUUCCUUUUCAACAUUCGGAUCCAGCUCAUUACCCAACUAAAUUUAUCACUAUUUGCCCUUUUUUUAUGCUUCAAUUUCUUCUCCAGAGUCCACCAUUUCUUUGAUUUGCAUAAUGUCGGAAGAGGGAAAGAAUGAGUGAAGCGGAGAUAACGAGGAUGAAGCAAAAGACAACUCCGGUACCGUUAGGGACACUUAUUGGUCGGGAGUUGAGGAGUGAUAAAGUGGAACAGCCUACAAUUAAGUAUGGGCAAGCUGCUUUAGCGAAAAAAGGGGAAGAUUAUUUCUUGAUUAAACCUGAUUGUCAGAGGAUUCCGGGAAAUCCGUUGACUUCUUUUUCAGUUUUCGCGAUUUUUGAUGGGCAUAAUGGUAUAUCAGCUGCUAUAUUCGCCAAAGAGAAUUUAUUGAAAAAUGUUUUGAGUGCUAUUCCUGAAGGAGUUAGUAGAGAAGAGUGGCUUCAAGCACUUCCUCGAGCACUAGUUGCCGGUUUUGUGAAAACUGAUAUAGAGUUUCAGCAAAAAGGUGAAACAUCUGGGACUACUGUGACUUUUGUUGUGAUCGAUGGGUGGACAAUCACUGUUGCAUCAGUUGGAGAUUCUAGGUGCAUACUGGACACCCAAGGAGGUGUGGUUUCUUUGUUGACUGUUGACCAUCGAUUAGAAGAGAAUGAGGAGGAACGGCAGCGUGUAACUGCCAGUGGUGGUGAAAUAGGAAGACUCAAUGUUUUUGGGGGUAAUGAGGUUGGACCUCUGCGUUGCUGGCCUGGUGGGUUGUGCCUUUCAAGGUCUAUUGGUGAUACAGAUGUUGGGGAGUUUAUCGUUCCAAUACCUCAUGUCAAGCAAGUUAAGAUUUCAAAUGCUGGGGGGAGGCUUAUAAUAGCCUCGGAUGGUAUAUGGGAUGCUUUAUCAUCGGAUUCGGCAGCACAAUCUUGUAGAGGUUUACCGGCUGAACUUGCGGCAAAGCUGGUUGUGAAGGAGGCUCUAAGGUCACGAGGUCUGAAGGAUGAUACAACCUGCUUGGUUGUUGAUAUUAUUCCUUAUGACCAUCCUAUCUUGCCUCCAACACCUAGGAAGAAGCAAAAUGUGCUCACUUCUUUUCUCUUUGGGAGGAGAUCACAAAACGCAAGAUCUAAUAAGCUUUCUGCGGUUGGUGUCGUGGAAGAAUUGUUUGAAGAGGGCUCUGCGAUGCUUGCUGAGAGGCUUGGUAAAGAUUUUCCUCUGGAUCCUAACUCUGGACUCUUUAGAUGUGCUGUUUGCCAAGCAGAUCAACCUCCAAGUGAGGGCUUAUCUGUUAACUCAGGCCCUUUCUUUUCACCUGCAUCAAAGCCAUGGGAAGGCCCAUUCCUUUGUGCAACGUGUCGGAGGAAGAAAGAUGCCAUGGAAGGGAAAAGACCUAGUAGACCUACAAUAACUGCUUAAUCUGGUAACCUAGUAUAUGCUGAUAUAUUUUUUGCCUGGCGUGGGAACAUGCUUGGUUCUCAAUCUGCAGCGGAUAUUGCUGUAGAAGUGUGCAAGAUGUUUGUACCGAUAGUUAGUAGAUGUUUUGAAAACAGUAAAAGUUUGUGCUGAUAAUUGUUUGUCCUCCAUGCUUACUGACCAAGAAAGACAGUCCUGAUGCAUAUGCUCGUGUCAAUUUUAUUACUAACAGCUUGAAUGUGUAAGUAAACAAACGAUGCUUGUGAAAAUAUUGUUUAGUAAAAGUGUCUUCAUUCGUGAAUUGAUCAA